AAAAAAAAAGGACAUAAUCGUGCAUGCAAACGGGUGGCAUCUCCAUAACUCUCACACCUUGCUCAUGCACCCAACACGUGUUGCAAUUGAGGAUAGAUGCAAAAAAUUGCAUGACAAAAUCAAAGUUAUAAACCGAUGAAAAUUACAAUCAGAAUUCAGAAAUAUAUAAAAAAAAGUUGGAUCUUUCAUAAUAUUUCAUAAACUCAAUCAAAUCAACUUGAAUUUGGGGAAAAAAUGGCUUCAAAGUUGAACCCAGCGUAUGCUUAUACAGUUUUGUAUGUGAAAGACGUUGAAAAAGCCGUUGCAUUUUAUUCCAAAGCUUUUGGUAUCAACAUUCGCCGUUUAGACAAUUCUCGCAGAUGGGGAGAGUUGGAGAGUGGACAGACCACAAUAGCAUUCACCCCAAUCCAUCAACACGAGACCGAUGAGGUAACAGGUGAGGUCCAUACAUUUCAAUCCAAACGCGAACGAGGACCAAUCGAGGUGUGCUUCGAUUACGCCGAUGUGGAUGCUGCUUACAAGAGGGCUUUGGAGAAUGGCGCAGAAGCAGUGAGUCCACCUGAACAAAAGGAAUGGAACCAGAAGGUUGGAUACGUUCGUGAUAUCGAUGGCAUGGUUGUUAGGCUUGGCAGCAAUGUCACUCCCCCAAAACAUUAGAUAGAUGGCCUGUUUAGUACGAAGUACGAAGUAUUAGUUUAGUUAUGCAAUGGUAGGAACCACAAGAAUUUACUACCUUGAUAAUAAAUAAAUGUACAUGUAUCAAUGUCACUCCUCCUAAACGACAUUAGAUAGAUUACAUAUAUUGUGUUGGUUUAUGUAGCGGUAUGGGCAAAAAUUUAAAUGUACAUGUAUCGAUGUAUGUCAUAUACUCAUAUUGCCAUCCUUUGUUUGGUUAUGUAAUAGCUAAAAAUUGACUAGAAAAUAAAUGUAUUUUUAUGUACUCCUUUUGUAUGUAUUGGUAAUUAACGGACUAAUAUGGUUAAUAUCCGGCCUCUUAUGGAUUUUAUAAGAGAGUCGUAGAUGUAUAUAUUCCUUUCACUUAGAUGGUUG